AUGGCUAUUUUAGAGCAUGCUUACCCCAGUUGGAAGGUAUUUCGUAUCCCAAGGAACCAUCCAGCUUCCAUGAACAACGUGAUUAUGCCCAUGAUUGCGAAACUUGCAGUCGAACUUCACGAAGCAGGAGUAUCAUGCAGUGAGAUGUACCCAAUAGGCUGCACUGAUGAUGACAAGGGAAGCACAGAUGACGAGGGCUGCAUUGAUGGCAAGGGCUGCAUUGAUGGCAAGGGCUCCGCAGCUGACAAGGGCUGCAGAGAUGACAAGGUCUUUAUUGCUGACAAGGGCUGCAAUGAUGACGAUAAGGGCUUCACAGAUGACAAGGGCUACAUUAAUAACAAGGGCUUCACUGAUGACAAGGGCUGUAUUGAUGAGAAGGGCUGCCCUUACAAAAAAGCACUGAUGACACGGGCUGCAAUAACCAUGACAAGCCGCCCAGAUGACAAGCGCUGUGCAGAUGAAACGGGCUGCUUCGGUGACAAGGGCUGUGCAGAUGACCGGGGCUGCAAUGAUGAAAAGGGCUGCAAUGAUAAUGAUAAGGGCUGUAUUGAUGAUACGACGGGCUGCAAUAAUGAUGUCAAGGGCUGCAAUGAUGAUUUCAAGAGCUGCACAGAUGACAAGGGCUGCACAGAUUACACGGGAUGCGAAGAUGAAAAUUGCUGCGCAGAUGACAAAGGCUGCGCAGAGGACAAAGGCUGUCCAGAUGACAAAGACUGCGUAGAUGACAAAGGCUGCGUAGAUGACAAUGGCUGCGCAGAUGACAAAGGCUGUGUAGAUGACAAAGGCGGUGAAGUUGACAAACACUUCGCAGAUGACAAACGCUGCACAGAUGACAAAGGCUGCGAAGAUGACUAUGGAUGCACCGAUGCCAAGGGCUGCUCAGAUGACAAAGGAUGCGCGGAUGCAGAUGACAAGGGAUACGCAGAUGACAAGGGCUUCGCAUAUGACAAAGAUGACAAAGGCUUCGCAGAUGACAAGGGAUGCACAGAUGGCAAGGGCUGCGCAGAUGACAAAGGAUGCGCAGAUGGCAAUGGAUACACAUAUGACAAGGGCUGCUCACAUGACAAAGGAUGCGUAGAUGACAAAUGCUGCACAGUUGACAAGGGAUGCACAAAUAACAAGCGCUGCACAGAUGACAAAGGCUGCGCAGAGGACAAAUGCUAUGAAGAUGACAAAGACUGCGCAGAUGACGAAGGCUGUGUAGAUGCCAAAGGCGGUGCAGAUGACAAGCACUGCGCAGAUGACAAACGCUGCACAGAUGAUAAAGGCUGCGCAGAUGACUAUUGA